AUGAAAAUCAACAUAUCGCGUCCACUACAGCUUUUGCAAUGGUCCUCAUACCUUGUGGCUGUAUUCCUGAUACAACUGCUAGUCAUUCUUCCUUUAUCAGUUUUAAUAUACCACGAUUUUUACCUGCGACUAUUACCUGCCGAUUCUUCUAAUUUAGUUCCGCUGAAUACUUUCAACAUCUUAAAUGGCAUACAAUUUGGGACGAAGUUUUUUCAAUCAAUCGCGAGUAUACCAGUAGGUACUGAUCUACCGCAAACAACAGACAAUGGAUUAUCGCAACCGAUCGCUAUGCGCGAUAAUAUAGAAUACAAGCUCGACUUAAACCUACUAUUUUAUUGUCAAAAUAAAAAUGACCAUUUAAACUUGGACAAUCUCUUAAUAGAUAUUUACAGAGGCCCGGGUCCAGCUUUGGGAAGUCCAGAAAGAGUGGACUCUAAAGAUGAAAAAAUAUUUCACACCUCUAGGCCUAUUGUGUGUCUCACAGUGGCGGAUUCCAUUUCAUAUCAAGAAAUCGAACAAUUGGGUCCAUCUCGCCUGAAUGUCUACAAUGAGGAGUGGCUGAAUACAAUAACAAUAGAAGACAAGAUAUCUUUAGAUUCAUCGUAUGAAACAAUCUCCAUGUUUUUGAGGACAGAGAUGGCCCAAAAAAACUUAAUUAUACAGUCUGAAAGUGGAAUUACAUUUAGGAUGAAUUUUGAGCAAGGGUUAAGAAACUUGAUGCUUCGAAAAAGAUUUUUGUCUUAUAUUAUCGGCGUUUCGAUAUUUCAUUUCAUCAUAUGCAUUCUUUUUUUCAUAGUAGGGUGCACCGCAUUCAUGUUCGUCAAAAAGAGUCAGAAGAAAUCCCAGAAACAUAGCUAA